GGACCAAUCACGGCUCACAGAACACUCUCCACAGACAGAUGGACGUCACAGCGGCUGGCUGGCUUCAUGACGGAAAGAGGGAGGGAGGCAGGGAGGGAGGGAGGGUGAGGAUGUCUUCAAAACAGACAUACCGAUCAAUGCACCACCACACCGCACCGCACCGCACCGCACCACGAGCAAUCGCCUCUACUAAACAUCGUCUCACGUCACGCAGCAUGCACCACAUCACCACUAGCCAUCCACCCCGCCAUCCCAUCCCCCCUGUCCGUCCCGGAUCUAGAAUCUGGUGCCGAUCUGUCUCUGCAGCUUGGCCUCCUGGUCGGGUGCCAGGGCGGCCUUGUAGUGGAUCUCGAGCACCUCCAGCUCGUGAGUGCCGGCCUGCAUCAGGAGCCCCUCGAACAGCGGGAUGGGGGCCGACGGCUCCAACACGCAGCUCAGACGACGCCACGUCCCGUUGGUCGAGUCGUUGUCAAUCAAAAACCACCUGAUGUGUGCGUGUGGUUGGUGUGGAUCGAUCAACCACAAGGGGGAUGGGGUGUGGGUGUGGGUGUGUGCCUGAGCAGGUAGGUACCUGUUUCCUCGAUAUUCGAAUCGGCAAUGGACCCGCGACACCGAGGCCAACGUCAGAUCGUUCACCUGACAACACCAUAGAUACCAUCAGCCCAGCCCAUUACGUACUUACGAUAGAUACACUCACACGGACCGGACCCCCCACGCAGGCACCCACCGCACCUGGACUGAGUUCCACUCGGCCCUGCCCAGCGUGAAGCUUCGUGAGUUCAUGGUGAUCUUCUCGCCCAUCCUGGGGCCCGAUAUGAACUCCAGCUCUAUCGACGGCACCGGCCGCACCACCCGCCGCAUCGACUCGAGCCAUGCAGCGUUGUGCCCCGGACCCGCCUGGCGCUCGUCGGGAGAGGACGGCGGCGACCGACCCCCAGGCACAUCCACCAACACAUCGGGGUGGGGGAACGAAGGACCGCCCCCACCGCCGCCGCCUGGCGGCUGUCGCGGGCUGGGGUCGUCGGGGAAGUACCUGUCGCCCCGGCCGCCCCGGCCUCCCCUUCCCGGCCCUCCUGGAUCGCCCCCAUCUCCCCCGCCCCCGCUGUGCCGCCCGUGCCGCCCACCCAUGGCGAAGACACUGGCGCCCCUGGGCGGGUUGACGCGGAAGGGGGGCCUGGGGCCCUCCUGCAAGAUCCGCAGCAUGUCUUGCCGCACCUGCUCAAGCGCCUCGUCCUCUACUGGAGCGGCUGGGGGGCCUCCGGGUGGCCAGCCAGACGAUGAGGACGGACCGGGAGCGGCGGCCGACGCAUCGGGCUGGCCGUCCUGGCUGCCCGGGACGGACGACACUGGCAGGGGCAGGGGGCUCUCCAUGCGGCCGUCCUCCAUGUCGCCCAACGCGGGAGGGUAGCCGUGGUGAUGCUGCUGCUGCUGCUGCUGCUGUCGCUGCGCUGCCGGCCCCCGAUGGAUGAUCGAGUCGUUGUCCUGCUCGUCCCCAUCUGCCGCCGGUGCUGCGUCGGGUGCAGCGUCGCCCUCAUCUGCAACAGCCUGUUGCUCUUGCUGCUGCUGCUGCUGCUGGGGCUGGUCGGAGGGCUGCUCACUCUCGCUCUCGGGCGGACUCCUCAGGCGCAGACGUGGGGGCCGCAGAUCUGCCAGACCUCUGCGAGCAAUGGCCUGAUCGCCUCGGGGGUCUGGCGGCAGGCCCUUCCCACGCGACUCCUGGUCCUCUGCCGGCCCAUCACUUGAGGACUGUCCCGCUGCUGCCGCAGCGGGCUGUGGGCCGUCUGUGAGAGGUAUGUCGGCCUCGUCGUCGAUGCUUCUGCCGGGUUGCGGUGCUGGCGCUGGUCGUGAUGGUGGUGGGGGAGGAGGAGGGGGGAGGGGCAGGUUGGGGAUGCCCACAUCAUUGGCAUUGAUGGUGUGGAGCAUCUCCUCCAGGGUCACACGAGGGGGCGCGCCGGGCACCGUCCGCAUCAUGACGGGAGGCGGCACGGCGAUGGGCGCAGCGUGCGCAAACAUCUCCGCUGCCGCCUCAUCCGCAGAAGGGGCGCGGCCGUCCUGAAGGCGUGAUAGACAGACACACCAACACACACAAGGAAGGUGCAACACUGAAUUCGCGCCUCACUCUGUGUCUGUGUGUGUGUGCCAAUUACCCAUGGCAUGUUGAGCGGCAGCUGCUCGCCCUCAUCCACCGUCACGGACCGGCUCGGAAAGUUCUGGAAGUGAAUCAGCGGGGGAGGGGGCCGCGGCAAAGGACCACCACCCAUUCCGGGAGGCGGUCGGCUGGGAGCUGACUCCUGCGGGGGUGUCCGCACUGGACCACCACCAGCACCUCCACCACCCUGUUGCUGUUGCUGUCUCGGCCCGAUGCGCACCACCUCUUGCUCUGCAAUGGACUCCAGAGGCCCCUCUACACCUCUGUGGCCCCUGCCCCGCCCCUCUCGCCCCAUGACGGCCGAAGGAGACGACCCAAUGGAACUCGCCGUGCCGGCCACCGACGGCGGCACAGGGCUGUCCCCGCCACUAGGCUGCCUCUGCGGCUGGGCAGCAGCUGCUGGUGGGGCUUCGGGUAUGAGGGCGUCGGGUGGUGGGACGAGGGCCGCCUUCUGCAGGGCCUGGUGGGCACUCCAGCCGUCCAUUGCAGCCGGUGGGUGGGGCUCAUCCGUCGACCCCACAUCAUGAGCACCGCUGGAACUACUGCUUGGCGGAGGGACUGAAGGAACCUCGAGGAUUUGUUCAACACCAGAGGCCCUGCGCUCGCCUUGCCGGCCGCCGUCUCUCUGCCCUGCUGCCUCGGCUGACGGCCCCGACCCCUCAGAUGCGCUGGUGGGUCCAUCAGCGGCUGACGAUGAUGCGGCCACACCGGACGUUUGUGGCUGCGUGGGUCGCGAGCGUGGGACGACAGGGAUUUGAUGGACCGGUAGGGUCAGCGGUGGUCCUGGCGCCGGUGCGUGCGGUUGGGGUGCGGCUGCACCCCCUCCGUUGCCGGCCCCGUAGGGGGGCGGUCCCCAGAGGUUGCCGCCCUCGACGAUCUGCGCACCUGCCCGCCGCUUCCGGGCGAUGAAGCCGAGGCCGCGACGCACGUGUGUCACCUGCACCGGCCGAUUCCAAUCCAACUGACGAUCAGCUAAUCAAUCGGAGACAGACAGAGGGCACAUCACAUCGCACCACCCAUGUGCAUUCAUUCGUUUGUUCUUACUUACCGACGACAGCCUCGCUUGCGGUGAGGACCUGCUCCCCGCCAUCCUGCUCCUGGGCCCUCGUGUGGUUGUCCAGGUCCUCGAGGAUGCGCAUGCCGCCCGGCCAGAACGAGAAGCUGCCCGGGCUGUCGCUGCCGUCCAGUCGAUCAUCACCAGCGGCCGCUGCAGCAGCAGCAGCAGCGGCCGGGGCAGCGGGCAGGCCAGCGAGGAGCGGCAGCUCCUCUCCCUCCUUCUCCCCCUCCUGCCCCUCCUCGUCUUUGGUCGGUGCCGCCUCUGCCGCCUCGGAGGACGGCUUCACGCCGGUGGUGGCGUCUUGCUCGGGAGGGGCAGGUGCUGCCGAUGAACUGGACGGCUGAUUCUCUGUCGGCUCGCCGUCGGCCGUCAGAUCAUCGACAGCAGCUGCAGCCUGAGUGUCUUGGUCGCUGGGGUUGCCGCGAAGGACCCUCAGGAGCAGCGCGCCGGGGGCGGCCAUGUCGUCUGCAUCAUCUGCCAGCGCCUCCUCCUCUCUCUGCGCUGCCGGUGCCGCCGGCCAUAGCUUGAUGCGGGCGCUGCUGGUCUUGCCCCUUUGGGUGGAGUCAGUCUCCUCUGACUUCUUCUUGCCUGGCUUGCCGCCAGGUGGUCCGGGUGGCGGGGGUCCGUGCCCCCCUCCCCUCCUGGCACUGCGGUUCUUGGGCGCGUAGCCACAGGACCUGACGAUGAACUCCACGCCGCCGACGCGGAUCCAUGCCCCAGGGUAGAGCGGCACGCUGCCCUCGAUCUUGACAAAGGUGCCCCAUUUUGAGCCGGCGUCCAUUAGGAAGUACCUGUUAGCGCCCGGCUUGUAGACGAUGUUGAAGUGCGAUCGGGAUGCGAUCUGCUCACUCAUGGGCCAGUCGGGCAGGAGGAUCUUGCGGGACGAGCUGCGGCCGAACUUGGUGAUGUACGGGAAGCGGGUGCCCUCCGGCGUGAUCAGGAUGCCCCCACACGCCUGCACCACCGGGUGCUCCUUCAAAUCCCCCGAGUGCACACUGCACCACACACACACACACAUGCGAGCAAGAACGGACGUCUUCCUGUCUGUGUGUCUCUUGUCGUUCUGACCGCAGCAGAAGGGCCUUGGUGGUGAGGGAUCGCUCUGACUGGAUGACCCUGAGCGCCCGCCACCUCAGCUGCUCGGUGCUGAAGUCGCGCUUGAGCGGCUCGUCGUUGGGGGGCGUCUCGGCAUCCAGGUUGCACACACCGUGGGCUAGGUUGACCACGUUGGUGGCCACCCCCAUGUGGCGGUCCUUGAAGAGCUUCUUGACCAGCCCAGGCAGCAGCGACGGGUACAGCAGACGGGGCAUCGCAGAAGGAUUCAGAAGCGACACGAUCCAACUCUCAGGCAUACGCCGCUUUACUUUUUCCUCCCCGUCAGCUGAGCCCUUCCUCCCUCCCUCGUCACCACCACCACCAGCAGCUGCGGCCGCUGCUGCCGCUGGCUCUGCGUUCGAUGCGGGUGCGUCCGGCUGCUCGGCCUCUUCAUCCGGCUGAGAGCCACUCUCUUCCGCGACUGGUGGUGGGGCAGCGCUGCUGCUCUUGGUGCCCUGGCCUCCCUCUGGAGGGCAGCCGUUGGCCGAUUCCGCACUCUGGUGGUCGGCCGUCGCGCGGGAGCCUGGAGGAGCCAACCCUCGCCGAUUGGAUAGGUCGCUGGAUGAUGCCAUGGAUGAGGCAGCGCUGCUUUUGUCACUGGUCCUCCGAUGCGACGAUGAGCCGCCCCUCUUGUCAUUGGUCCGCGAGGACGGGCUGCCGACCACUCUGUCGAAGUCCCUCUUGUGUCUGCCCUGCCUGCUGCCGCCAGACCGGGGCUGGGGCUGGGGAACCGAAGACGGCGACUGGUCUUGAGGCGAGAUCACCAUUGACGAUGGCCGCAUCUCCUCCUCACCACCACCGCCAUCCCCGCCCCCACCCCCACCCUCUCCCACCCCCUCUCCCAGGACCGGCACAUGCUCUGAAUCCGCGGCGUCCAUUGAGGAGCUCUGUGCCGUCUCCUGGCUGUCCUCCAGGCUCGUCGGCGGCUCGGGUCCCCCCUUGACGCCGUUGAUGUCACCUGGAGCGGCCGCCACUGCGUCGGUCUCGUCAGUGGUGUGUGUACGGCCCUGGCUGCUGGCGAGGUCCGAGUUGGUGCCCUCGUACUUCUGGUACUCGGGGGGCGGGCCGUCGGGCGGUGGCUGGAAGGGCGGCACGAUGACGGGCAGGUCGAAGACACCGCUGGCACUCAACUGAUCGCCUGAUGACGUCGACGCACCUGAUAUACGGAUGAAUGAAUGAAUGAAUGGGGCAGAGAAGGAGACAUGUGCACAUGUCAUGUGAGUGCCGUCCGUCCUCGCUCUCUGAGGCUGAUACUGGGCGUGGCGUCUGGCUGUGCUGUCUGUCUGUUUUGCCUGCCCCACCCACCCACCUGCGACCUCUCUCUGCCAUCUCGGAUCACCAAACGCAUCUGUACAGUACACAGACACACCAACGGCACGGCACGCAGGUCACUCACUGUCAGCCUGUGUGUGUUACUGUUUGUAUUAGCUCCCUUGUUUGCCCGACCUCCGUAUCCCUCAAAUGGCGGGGGUCGGUCGUGCUGCGUCCCCACAGUGGCCCUCGACGGCUUCCCCCCGACGGGCGUCUUGUCGCGCUGCUCGCGGUGCCUUGCCUUGAGCUCCAGCUUGAGCCCCUCGUGCAGCAGGAGCUGUGCCGGGUCGUCGGGGAGGGGCUUGGGUCUGUACACGCCGUCGGUGAUGUGAUCGAGAGUGCGCUGGUAGAGGUGUUCGAUGAGGUCCUUGCAGCUGCCGUUGCCGAUGCUGUCGAGGGCACGGCAGAAGAACGUCCGGUGCACCUGGUGCGUAUCCUGCGGAUCGACCAACUGACAUAUCAAUCAACCCAGACAGACAUACAGAGAUGAAUGAAUGAGAUUGUCUGAGUGAGUUAUGUAUGGGUGGACUGUGUUGUGCUGUGCUGUGCUGUGCUGUGGUGUGGUGUGUGGGUGGUGCGUUUGGCGGCUGACCAGCCUGAGUUGGUGUGUCAUGUCGUGAGGGAGGCAGGGUGUGUGGUCGAGCAGGAAGUAGUACUCGAACGCCUCCAGGAAGUCGGGCCACGUCACCUUCACACACUGAACACAUACACACCCACACACGCCGUCCAGUAAGUACAUGAGCUGGGUGGUCUGUACUCAGGUGCUGUGCUAUCGGGGUGUGUGUGUGUGUGCCUUCCCACGUGUUGGAAGAAUGCCUCCCACAGCCGCGCCCCCUGGUCGGGAGCAUGCACACGCCACAGCUCUCUGCAUCCAUCCAUCCCAUCCAACAACAGCAGACACAGACACCUGUGAUUGACUCACGCCCCAUCUCACUCCAUACGCGUGGUACCACCAUCCAUACGUACCUUCCCUGGCUGGCCCUUGAGUGCCACCCCGCCACCCACUCACGCAGCAUGCGCUGAUGCUCCGCCUCCAACAGACUGACACCACACGACACGACACGACACGACAGACCACACAGAGAUGUGAUCUUUAGAGUGUUUGGCAGACAGACAGACAUGCACUGAUUGCAUCCCAUCCUCACUCACUCACUCACUCACUCACACGGACCUCUGCAUGCGUAUGUGUCGUUUGAUGAUGUCGACGAGUGUCUGGCGCACUCCGUGGUCGUUCCAUUUGAGAUGCUCGAAGAACUCCUCCUCAGUGCACUGAAGCUGAGAUACCCAUACACACAUCCAUACACACACACAAGAAUGUCUUGCGUGUUUGGUUUGCAUCCCUACAAAUGAAUGGGUUUGGUGUGAUGUGUUGUGAGUGAUGUGGGCCGGGCCGGGUGUGGUGGGCCGACUGACUGACUGACCUUGAGGAGCAGGUCCCGUUGGUGCAUGUCGAGCAGCACUCGGUCGCCCUUGAGGUACAGAAACUCCCAAUACGCAUGCUUAGCCGCAUACUGCUUCAGAUGCUCUGCACCACACACACAAAGCAGUGAGUGAGUAUACAGACAGGGCCCCUUGUUUGUUUCUGAGUGAGUGGCGUGUGUGUCGAUCCCUUGUUACUGAUGAAGUGGUCGAGUGAAUGGUUGAGUCUGACGGACCACUCGCCGACAAGCGCGUUGGCGGGGUUGUUGACGUUUUGUGGGAGCUGCUGCUGGUGCCGCUGGGCCAUGGCCUCCACGCGAUCCUUGUAGUUGGACAGCCACUCGUCGCUGCUGAGGAAACACAGCUGGACCGGGUGACAAUGCUUCAACCUACAAAACAAGACAGACAGACAGACAGACAGACAGACAGAGAAGGACAAAGUGCAGCCCCCGGGCAGCUGAUCUGGGCGUGUCAGACUUGUGUGUCGGCCAUAGCUUGAACAUCCUUACUUGUCUGACAGUUCGCGCAGCAUGGCCUUGAAGUCAUGUAGCCGUGCGUCCUGCUGCGUCGGGCUCGUGCCGCUGUAAUAGUAGUUGGACGGAUCUUCUGCACAACACACACGCAUCACACACCAAACACGCUGAUGCCGGCUGGCGCCACCGACGUCGGGCGUGCGUGCCGGUCUGACUGACCUUGAAAGUUUUGUAUUUGUUGGGCGACGGUUGUCUCGAGGUCACGCAGGGAGGCCACAAACGCGCCACACGUUGAACGUGCCAUGCUGUCAGCAGGGCGAAAGGGCAGAAGCAAAGUCGGGCAGAAGUGAAAGCUGUCGCCGAAUCAGGAGAGACUCAGUGUGCGGAUCAGGGAC